AUGGCCGAGCCGGUUUCAAGCAUAAUUACCAUCGCAACGGUCGGGCUCGCUAUCGUCCGAGCCUGCAAAAACUACAUCGACGCCGUGCGGGAAAUCGACGAGUCGGCCGACCGUCUCCUGGGAAAGAUAACGGAGUUGCAUAGUGUUGUCCGCUUAAUCAACUCGAAGUACCAUCAAGCUGAGCCUGAUGGCACCGGCGAGCCGUCAAUCUUGGUACGUGAGAAGAUCACGCUAUGUCGCGAUCGUCUCAGGGAGAUCAAAUCCAAGAUAGCGGACUUGGGACCUCAAAGUAAAAGUGCGGAGACCUUUCUUGACAAGGCCACUGUGAAACGAAGAAUGGACGCAGUAACCAAGGAUGUUGAGCUCGCGGUGGAAGACAUUCGACGAUACCUGAAUGACAUUGUCAUUGUUACUGGAGCCUGCUCAUAUUUGGAAGUCAGAUCCUAUAUUCGCCGCGUUUCCGAGACCGCAGUGCCAGUAAGCAUGAUCAUGAGCGCUUUCAUAGGAGAGAUGGUACUGACUCCCAAACAGCAACCCAUGACGGAUGACGGCAAAGAGAAUCAUCCAGCUCAAGAUGAACUUGUCUUGCUUGAUCGAUGGCUCUCCAAUACGGAAACCGUCUCAGAUCCAGUACACCCCCGUAGAGCGUCCAAUACCACAUCGGCCCCGCGAUUCUCCGUCUCGUCUUCCUCUUCGAGCGCUCUUUUAACACAAUCCGACGAGGAGGAAAGCAUUCUUUCCAAACAAAUCUACGGCAUCUCGAGACCCAGCGAAGAGUGGAAAGUCUUUCACUCGAAAGUGGCGCAAUGCAAGGACAAACCUGCCCUCGUUGCAGAGAUUCGCUCACUGCUGGAACAGCAUCCAGAGCCUGCGACUCUUGCGAACAUCCGUGGGGACCACCAACGCGCUCCCCUCCACCUCGCAGCACAGCGUGGCUAUGUCGACAUAGCUCGUGUUCUCAUCACGCACGGCGCCGACGUUAACGCCAAAGACACCAAACCCGCUUCCGUGCUAGAUCACGCUGUCGCAAAGAAUCAAACAGACUUCAUUGCAGUCAUACUCGAGGAGGGUGCGGACGAGUUGGGGAUACGAGAAGAGAACAAAAAGCUGUUAAAAUUGAAAAAAGCUGUUCUUGCGCUCAGAAACACGCAACAGCAAAGUCCAACGACGGAGAAGGAUCGGAAAUUCAGCUUCAGUCUUGCAAGAAUACGCUCAAGCUGA